AUGUCCUCAUCAGUGCAGCUCUUCCGAGAUCAGAGGUACCACGAGCUGAAGGGGCAGUGCCUCCAGCAGGGGAUCCUCUUUGAGGACCCUGAGUUUCCAGCCUCGGAUGAAUCCCUGUACUACGACUCAGCAGCAAAAGGGAAAGUGGAAUGGAAGCGGCCAAAGGACCUCUGUGAAGAUCCCCACCUGCUUGUGGAUGGGAUGAGCUCCCACGACUUCCACCAGGGCAAGCUGGGGAACUGCUGGUUUGUGGCUGCGUGCUCCUGCCUGGCUUUGAGGAAAAGCCUCUGGCAGCAGGUGAUUCCAGACUACAAUGAGCAGGAGUGGGACCCCAAAAACCCAAGGAAAUACACUGGGAUUUUCCGUUUCCGCUUCUGGCGCUUUGGGGAGUGGACAGAGGUGGUGGUGGAUGAUCUGCUGCCCACAGAGAAUGGGAGGCUCAUCUACUGCCAUUCCAACGUGAGGAAUGAAUUCUGGAGUGCCUUGCUGGAGAAGGCUUAUGCUAAGCUGGCUGGAUCCUACCAAGCCCUGGAUGGAGGCUGUGCUGCAGAAGCCCUGGUGGAUUUCACUGGAGCAGUGGCAGAAUCCAUCAGUUUGGAAGAGGGCAAAUAUGGUGAGGUUAUUUCUGAGCAGAUGAAAUUGUUUGAAGACUUGAUGAAAGUGCAUAAAAGAGGAGGCUUCAUCAGCUGCUCCAUUUCGGAGUCCCCUGGGCGGCCCAGUGAAGCAGAGACAGCGAUGGGGCUGAUCGUGGGCCAUGCCUACUCCGUGACUGCCAUCAGGAAGCUGCGCCUUGGGGACAGCCUGGUGCUCUCCUUCAAGGCAGAAAAGAUGUUCAUGGUCAGGCUGAGGAAUCCCUGGGGCAAGAAGGAAUGGCACGGUGCUUGGAGUGACAGCUCUAAAGAGUGGAAGAAAGUCAGCGAUUCUGAGCGCAAGAAUUUGGGGCUCACUGUUGAGAACGAUGGAGAGUUCUGGAUGACGUUUGAGGACUGGUGUAAGAAUUUCACAGAUGUGGACAUCUGCAGGACUGUGAACACCUCCUGCUUCAGCCUCCACAAGACCUGGGAGAAGGAAAUGAUGUAUGGGGCUUGGGCAAAGCAUCCAGAGCCCCUGCUGAACCGAUCUGGGGGCUGCUUUGAUAACAGAGAGACCUUCCUGCAGAACCCCCAGUACCUCUUUGAUAUUAAGAAGGCCCAGGACAAAGUGCUGGUGUCCUUACAGCAGGAGGAUCGCCGCAAGUACAAGAAAGAAGGGAAAGGAGACAACAUCACAAUUGGCUUUGAAAUCCUCAAGGUGGAGGACAACAGGAGGUACAGGCUGCACAAGCUGACGGUGCAGGAGAGAGUGGCCACCUCUCCCUACUCGAACACACGCAGCGUGUUCCUGAGGAGGACCCUGCAGCAAGGCCGCUACGUCCUGGUCCCCACCACCUACACCCCAGGUGUCCCCACAAAAUUCAUCCUCAGGCUCUACACAGAUGUGCCCUCAAAACUCAGGGAGCUGGAGGCGGAUAGGCCUAAAAUGACGUGUUGGAGUCUUCUUUGUGGCUACCCACGCAGAGUCACCCAAAUCAAAGUCCACUCUGCAGAGGGUUUGCAGAAACAAGACAGAUCAGGAGGAGCAGAUCCCUACGUGCUCAUCAAGUGUGAGAACCAAAGCUGGCGCUCCCCGGUGCAGCACAACACCACCAACCCCGUCUUCAACACCCAGGUGAUCUUCUACAGGAAGGACAUCGACAGUCCUGUCACCAUCCAGGUGUGGAACUCCAGCCUCCUGCGCGACCGCUUCCUGGGGCAGGCGCUGCUGGCAGCGUCCCCCGGCGAGCCCCGCGAGCAGCAGAGGCUGAAGCUGCGGGCCAGGGGCGGCGGGGAAGCGGCCGAGGUGCCGGGACACAUCAGUGUCACCGUGCUCUGCAGCGAUGACCUCGGCGAGCUCUGA